AUGGCCACCACCAUCCACCCCCAGGUCCAACAAGACCAGCCGCAAACCUCCCGCCGGCCGCACAGCCCCUACGCCAGCCCGCUCAUCCACCUCACCUUCGGCAACUCGCCGCAACGCUGGCCCAUCCACUCGGCCUUCCUCUCCCGGCACCCGAAGCUCUACUCGCUGCUCCAAACCCAGCAGCCACCACCACCUCCCUCCAGCAGCAACAACAACACGCACGCCAAUGAUUACGACGCCAACAACACCCUCCACCUGCCCCACGCCGACCCGCUGACCGCCCACACCCUCCUCCACUACCUCACCACCACCCGCUACCAGACGCUCCGCACCACCGACGCCACGACCGCGUACGCCCUCGCCCUGCACGUCUACGCCGCCGCGGGCUGGUACGACCUGCGCGGCCUGCGCGACCUGGCCGCCGGCGAAAUCGAGCGGCUGGGUGGCAGCAGCAGUAGUGGCAGCAAAAGCAGCAGCAGUUCCAGCUCGACGGCUGCUGUUAAGGGUCCUGAAGUGCCUCUCGAAGACGCGCUGGUGGAGCUGGGGAAGGCGGUGGAGCGGGCGUGCGGGAGGGACCAGGAGUGGUUGCUGGAAAGGGUCGAGGAGCGGUUGCGGGAUGAGUUCAAGAAGGAUAAGGGAGUGUUGGCGGAGAAGAAGACGUGGAGGGGGUUCAAUCCGUUUGUGAGGACGCUGGUGAUGGUUGUGGUCGGGUUGCAGGGGGGUGCGGGUGGGAAGAAGGGGAAGAAGUCGGAUGAGGACGGGGAGGCGGAGGAUGCUGUCGAGGGGGAGGAAGAGGAGGAGGAGGCGGAGGAGGAAGAAGAGUGA